AUGGGUGGCAGGGCUGUUCCAGACCACUGGACUGGGGACGGACUGCUCCCUGAUUGGUCGGCGCUAUGCGCGUCCCCGUCGUCUCCUCCCGGUUUUCCUGGCAUGACCUUUUCCCUUGGCAACCACUUCCUCCGAGCAUCCACGGCCAUCUUUAAUUUUAACUCAUUCAUGAAAAGUUGUUUGGCUCAUGUAAACACGCCGAACGACACAUUUGCGCACAGAGCAGCAUCGACGGCGCUGUGUGCAUGUAGUUUCCAGCGACCUGCUCCACACAGAGCCGAGCAGCACCGCAGCAGGCUGUCCGCCGAGAUUAAGAUGAGAAAGAAGCAGACUGCCAAACAGAGGAAGACUGAGGAGACUACAGUUGUCCAGGAGUUUGUGGUAGAAAAAAUAAUUCGCCGCAGGAUCUUUAAUGGGAGAGUUGAGUACUUCCUGAAGUGGAAAGGUUUCACUGAUGCGGAAAACACAUGGGAACCUGAAGACAAUCUGGACUGUCCUGAACUUAUUGAAGAGUUUCUGAGAAACACCCAUUUCUCAGAGGGGAAUGAGGAAGAGCUAACAGAACACGAGUUGAUUCCUAAAGAAGAAAUGACAGAGCAGGAGACGGAAAUAUCCUGCAUGCAGUCUCAGCAGCAGGCUCUCACUGUGCAGACCAACAGCGAGCCAAAUGACGAGCAGUCAGACACCCCGACUAACCUCAGCAAUUACCUCGAGCCUGAGUGCAUCAUCGGCUCCACAGACAGACAGGGAGAGCUCAUGUUCCUUGUCAAAUGGAAGAACUCCGACGAUGUGGCCCUGCUGCCAGCACGCGAAGCCAGCGCCAGGUGUCCCCAGGUGGUCAUCGAUUUCUAUGAGCGGAAGCUGACUUGGCACUGCGGAGACGAGGAACAGUGAAGUGCGUGUGUGGGUUGUGUACAGAGGCGAACUGAUAAACAGCUGCACUCUCAUCUGAAGCUUAGUUUAACCUCCAUUGAGUGUCCUCCUUCAGCUGACAUUAGAGGCAUGCUGUGUGAAAUUACGCCACAGGUAGAGUUUGUGGCAGGUGCGAGAUCCUCAGCAGGGAUGGAUUUUAUAGUGCUCUCAGUCCCAUGGUGCUCAACGAGGUCUCUGUGCCUUUGCAGAGACUGUGAUGGAGUCUAAAACUAACCUUCUGUGCAGAGAAGCUGAUUUGAGGUCAGACUAACUUGUAGCAGCUUUGGUCUUGUGUAAGCAGACACAAUCACUGUGGUCAUGUGUUUUGUUUUAUUGUUUUGUAGUAUUUUGGUAUUUAUAGUCCCGCUGAGCUACAUCUUGGUUGUUUUGUGUGUGCUUUAUAUCUUUUUUUUAGCAACAUUAUGUAGACAAAGUGAACUAACAGCUGUCCAAUCAGUACCUCCAGUUCAUGUAGCUUUUAGUUAAAACUGAAGAUUGUAGACAUGUUGUUCGAACGUUUGGUGUUUGAACUAGUAUUGUGUAAGGUGUUUAUAGCCACAACUUUUACUGUGUUUUACUGUGUUUCUGUAUGAUCCCAUUUUUGUUGCUUUUAAAAAAUGUUGCCCACCACAAAUUUUCCCUUAUUUCCUAUCAGCUGCUAAGAACCAAAAAAAUCUUCUCCUCUAUUAAAUUAUAAUAGGAAUAUUAUUGAGUUUUAAAAAUAUAUUAUUUGUUGUUCACACAAAGUGAAGUCCUGGCAGAAUUAGCCAAAAAAUCAGAAUAUUUCUAAAAGAAAUCUAUUAAGAUUAAUAGCUUUUGUGGGCCUGAGAUAGCUAAUGAGAUUGUAAAAAGUAGCACUUUAGAUAUGACACUGUCCAAUUAUGUGGGGCAUUUUUUUUCAGUAAUCAUACAGGUCUGUUUUACCUGUAUCCUGAUGGCACUGUUCUGACUCGACAUAUCUCCCAUGACUGUUAUGGGACACACAGCUGAACCUUAAACCUCUUAAAACACACCUGCUACUGAUUUACUGUAACUGUUGACCAUGGAUCUGUGACGUCUCUUUAAAUAAAGGAAACAUUUUUGUGAA